AUGGCCGCCGACGCCAAAUCCACUCCUGCCACGGAGUCCAAAGUGAAACCCACCAAGCCGAACGAGGAGGCCUUCAAGGUCGAACUCGCCCAGGCCGAGAAGGAACAUGCCGCCGUGCAGGAGAAAUUGACCCAAAUCAAGGCCAAGAUCGAAGCCGCCAAGCCCAACAACCAGGACUCGCCGUCGGCAAAGAGACAGCAGGAACUCCGCGCGGAGCUGUCGUCGAUCCGUCAGAAGCAGCAGGGGUUCAAGUCCUCCCGGUCCAGUACCCAGGAGAAGAUCAAUGCCCUCGACGCGACCCUCAAGGCCCGCAUCGCGGAGCAGAACAACUCCCGCACCCGCAUGUCCUUCAAGAACGUCGAGGAGAUCGACCGGGAGAUUGCUCGUCUGGAGAAGCAGGUUGACUCGGGUACCUUGCGCUUGGUGGAUGAGCGCAAGGCGCUCUCGGAUGCGUCGAACCUGCGCAAGCAGCGCAAGAACUUUGCCGGUCUGGAGGAGGCCCAGAAAGUGAUCAACGACUUCAAGGCGCAGAUCACCACCCUCAAGAAGACGCUUGAUAACCCCGAGUCCAAGGCGCUGAGCGACAAGUACUCGGAGAUCCAGAAGGAGCUGGACGCGAUCAAGGCGGAGCAGGACAGCGCGUUCAAGAACCUGAACUCGCUGCGGGACGAGCGCACGAAGCUGCACAGCGAACAGCAGAAGAAGUGGACCGCCAUCCGGGAGAUCAAGGACGCCUACUACAAGAACCGCAAGGCUUACAAGGAGUACGAGGACGAGGCCUGGAAGAUCCGCCGCGAGAAGCAGAAGGCGCAGCGGGAUGCCUUUGAGCGCGAGAAGAAGAAGAAGGUGGCCGACAAGAAGCUCGAGGAGGCUUCGCGCCUUGCCUACACGGACGAGAUUCUCACCGCGCAGGGUCUCAUCCGCCACUUCAACCCCUCGUAUGACUUCUCCACACUGGGCCUGGAUGACAAGAAGGACCAAGGAUCCAGCUUCCGCGCCGAGGUUGGUCGGACUGUGGAUGACUCGAACUUGAAGGGAAUGAAGGUGCUGAAGAAGGAGGACCGCGAGGAUGACUACUUUGUGGGCAGCGGGGGCAAGAAGGGGAAGAAGGGAAAGAAGGGCACUGCCGCCAACAGCGCGGCCGUGGCGCCGGUGGAGAAGUUCAACCUCAACGUUGGUGUGAUCGAGGACUUCGCCAAGGUCAAGAUCGACCCUCCGAUGAACCAAAGCGAUGUGCCGGCCACAGUUGACAAGCUGGCGGCCAAGAUCAGCGAAUGGAAGAAGAACCAGGCUGCGAAGACUGAGGAGAACAUCAAGAAGGCGCAGGAGGAGAUUGACCGCCUCGAGGAGGAGUCGACUGCGGCAGAGGCCAACGGACGGGCAACCGAUGCGGCGAAAAAGCCGGCUCAAAAGAAUAGUAGCGUCAACGGCACGGUGUCGGCGGAGGCUGAGCUGAAGCAGGAGAAUGAUGCGGCGGCGGACGUGGGCGAGGAACUGCAGAAGGCGUCCAUUGAGGACCAGCCCUGA